AUGGCUGCCUUUAAUGCCAAUCUUGCUGGCGCAACAGAGCGUUCCUUCUCUUCGUCACUCUCGCCGGACCGAGUUGUCGCCAGCUCAGAAGAUGACAAUGCUGCGGCCUCCACCCUCGAUCCUGAUUUUUUCAAGAGUCUGACCGAUAAGAGGACGACGCGCGACGGAAACCCCCCCAAGAAGCGAGGGCCCAAGCCCAACAGCAAGCCGGCCUUAACCAGGCGGCAAGAGUUGAAUCAUGGCGAUACGAACCAGAAGACGUGGGAAGUACCAAAAGCAGAUCUUGCCACUUUAUUGGAUUUAAGUAAGAGCAUCGACCUCGAUGGUGAGGUAACUCCUAUCAUGUCUUGGGGUAUGCUCAUGUCACACCCAAGGGCAAAUGAAUUGGAGGUGGUCGACUUCCGAAAGCUGAGUGAAGAGCUCGUUCGGAAAGUGAGAUGUUAUGGCUUUGGUGCUGUAAUGGAGGAAUUUGAGGUGCGAGAUGCUAUCGACAGUGUGUUCAGCGGUAAGGACUCGAUGAUGGGUGAAUAG